UUCAGGACGCGUUUUUCACGCGACUUGACCUGUGAGGCGUUCCGUAGCCAGAGGUGUGCCUUUAUAACCAGGAAGCAAACACACGAGCCGGGAUUACGAUUGGCUCACGCUUCGUGUUCCCGGAAGUAGCGUGAAGGCCGCUGCGGGGAGCGCGCCGUGCGACUCAGGGACUCCGGCCUCCCGGUUGGCCGACAUGCCGCGGUACGCGCAGCUCGUCAUGGGCCCCGCGGGCAGCGGGAAGAGCACUUACUGUGCCACCAUGGUCCAGCACUGCGAAGCCCUGCACCGGUCCGUGCAGGUCGUCAACCUAGACCCAGCGGCAGAACACUUCAGCUACCCCGUGAUGGCAGACAUUCGGGAACUGAUUGAGGUGGAUGACGUGAUGGAGGACGACUGUCUGCGGUUCGGGCCCAAUGGCGGCCUGGUGUUUUGCAUGGAGUACUUUGCCAAUAAUUUUGACUGGCUCGAGAACUGCCUAGGCCACGUUGAGGAUGACUACAUCCUUUUUGACUGUCCAGGUCAGAUUGAAUUGUACACUCACCUGCCGGUGAUGAAGCAGCUGGUCCAGCAGCUCGAGCAGUGGGAGUUCCGCGUCUGUGGAGUUUUCCUUGUUGAUUCGCAGUUCAUGGUGGAGUCGUUCAAGUUUAUUUCCGGCAUCUUGGCAGCCCUGAGUGCCAUGAUCUCUCUAGAAAUUCCACAGAUUAACAUCAUGACAAAAAUGGAUCUGCUGAGUAAGAAAGCUAAAAAGGAAAUUGAGAAGUUCCUAGAUCCAGACAUGUAUUCUUUGUUAGAAGAUUCUACAAGUGGCUUAAGAAGCAAAAAAUUCAAAAAACUGACUAAUGCUAUAUGUGGACUGAUAGACGACUACAGCAUGGUGCGGUUCUUACCGUACGAUCAGUCAGACGAAGAGAGCAUGAACAUCGUGUUGCAGCAUAUCGAUUUUGCCAUUCAGUACGGUGAGGACCUGGAGUUUAAAGAACCCAAGGAACAUGAGGAGGAGUCAGCCUCUUUGUUUGAUGAAUAUUUUCAAGAACGGCAGUGAUUGACGAGUUUGCUAAAACGUAACUGGAUCGUGUGAAGGACAUGUGGUCACAUUGGUGGCAUGAUCCUCUGCUUGAAGGACACGGUCGGAGAAAGCGGUUUAUUUUCAUGGAAAAUGAUGACACAGCAGCACACCUGAAUCAGGUUCCAGACCUGCUCGUGGAAAGUGGGAUCUCUUAGUAUUAUUUUUUAGUAGCAAUUGAUUUUAAAAAUCAAAUGUUUUUCAAAAUCAAGUUAGAUUUUUAAAGUAAAAAUGGGGGCUAGUAUUGUAUUGUAGGUUAAACUACUGCCUGUGCUGCUGGCAUCUUGUAGGGACACUGGUUCAAAUCCUGGCUUCUCUACUUCUGAUUCAGCUCCUUGCUCCCCCGGGGAGGCCUGGCUGCAGGUCCUGGCUCCUGGCUCUGACCUGAGCUAGCCCGGCUGUUGUCACUGUUUCUGAAGUGACUCUCCCUUCCUUCCCCGCCCCCUUUUGUCUCUGUAACUCUUUGAAAUAAGCAAAUCUUUAAUAAAUUAAUACGUGAAAGUCAA